GCUGCCAUCUGUCCGACUCUACUUCUUUAAGAUCUCUUUAAUCAUCUGUGCAUUCAGGUGCAGUUUGAUAUCUACCCAGGAGGGUCUGUUCAUUCAGGUGCAGUUUGAUAUCUACCCAGGAGGGUCUGUGCAUUCAGGUGCAGUUUGAUAUCUACCCAGGAGGGUCUGUGCAUUCAGAAGCAGUUUGAUAUCUACCCAGGAGGGUCUGUGCAUUCAGGUGCAGUUUGAUAUCUACCCAGGAGGGUCUGUGCAUUCAGGUGCAGUUUGAUAUCUACCCAGGAGGGUCUGCGUUUCGCCAGUCAGUCAGAUCUGUUUAUGAACAAAGAUGGCUACCUUCACCAACCACUCAACCAAUGAGAGCAGCGAGCAAAACUGCCGCUGUCGCUUCAAGGAGGACUUCAAGUACAUCCUGCUUCCUGUCAGCUACACUCUGGUCUUCGUGAUUGGCCUAGCCCUGAACUUCACGGCCAUGUACGUGAUCCUGUUCCGUACAAAACUCUGGAAGCCCUCCACGGUGUACAUGUUCAACCUGACAGUGUGCGACACCCUCUACAUCCUCACCCUACCCUUCCUAAUCUACUACUACGCCGACGAGAACGACUGGCCCUUCAGCGAGCCGUUCUGCAAACUCAUCCGCUUCCUGUUCUACGCUAACCUUUACGGUUCCAUCCUGUUCCUGUGCUGCAUCAGCCUGCACCGCUUUCUGGGUGUGUGUUACCCGAUUAGGUCCCUGAGCUGGGUCAGCGCCAGGAGAGCCCGGCUGGUGUCUGUUGCGGUAUGGGCGUGUGUGUUGAUGUGCCAGGCUCCCGUUCUCUACUUCUCACGGACCAGGGACGAGGGAACGGAGAGGGUGUGUUUCGACACCACCAGUCCAGAGUUAUUUCAUGACUUCCUGGUGUACAGCUUGGUGGUAUCUAUGCUGCUGUUUGCCUUCCCUUUCAUGGUGGUGAUGGUGUGCUAUGGACUGAUGGUGAGGAAGCUUCUGGAGCCCACCUGGGGGGCAGGAGGGAGCCAGUCGAGGGGAGUCGGGAGGAUCGCUCCUCAUCGCUCCAAACAGAAGUCUGUGAAGAUGAUAAUCAUCGUGUUAGCAGCGUUCAUGCUGUGUUUCCUACCUUUCCACCUGACCAGAAGUCUGUACUACUUCCUCAGAUACCUGGAGCAGAUGGAUCCCUCCCAGGUGAGCUGUGAGCUGCUGAAGGCGUCCAGCCUGGCCUAUAUGGUGACACGCCCCCUGGCCAGCGCCAACAGCUGUGUGGAUCCCGUCCUUUACUUCAUGGCUGGGCAGGGUUUCCGUAGUAACCUCGGCAACAAAAAUCAGAGCAUCGCCAAGGAAACCAGGAAGCGUGAUGGCGGCCCUUUCGAAGCAGCUCUGACUGUCAGGAGAGUCAAUCUAUGUACUGAAUAGCUAUGGAACCGAGUGAACUCCAUUGGACAAACACACUGGAAGGAUGACUGGUUCCUCUAAACAGAAUAUUAUUUAGCCCAUAUUAUUAGCCUGUUUGAAGGAGAAUGUAUGUCAUGAUAUUUUACUGAAUGUUCUUUCCCUGACUGGUAAAUACUGGGAGAUUACAACAUACAAUAGAAAUACCAGAUGUCUUAUUUGAAAGUGAGAGGGGAAUACAGUAACUCAUUGAAAGUGAGAGGGGAAUACAGUAACUCAUUGAUUGUGAGAGGGGAAUACAGUAACUCAUUGAAAGUGAGAGGGGAAUACAGUAACUUAUUGAAAGUGAGAGGGGAAUACAGUAACUCAUUGAAAGUGAGAGGGGAAUACAGUAACUCAUUGAAAGUGAGAGGGGAAUACAGUAACUCAUUGAAAGUGAGAGGGGAAUACAGUAACUCAUUGAAAGUGAGAGGGGAAUUCAGUAACUCAUUGAUUGUGAGAGGGGAAUACAGUAACUCAUUGAACGUGAGAGGGGAAUACAGUAACUCAUUGAAAGUGAGAGGGGAAUACAGUAACUCAUUGAAAGUGAGAGGGGAAUACAGUAACUCAUUGAAAGUGAGAGGGGAAUACAGUAACUCAUUGAAAGUGAGAGGGGAAUACAGUAACUCAUUGAUUGCAAUCUGACUUAGCUAAGGAAGCUAAAGACAGGAAGAAAUACAUUGGUUGACGCUGAGGGUGUAGAGAGAAUAGAUGCUGUUAUAACAUGUCAGGGACGUUAGUGAUACUGUAAUCACAAUAAACAGUAAAUAUAUA